AAACGACACACAUUAGAAACAAUGCCACGGCCGCCGCCACUGACCGCCGAUGAGGUUGCCCGCGAACGCAGAAUGCUAAAGGAGCUCAAAAUCAUGCAGAAACAUGAACUGGCUCUGUCAACACUAUCGAAGAAGCGUGUGCGAGAGCCCAAAGUGGACGAAGACAAUCCAUUUUGUACCGACAGACAGCUCCAAGACGAAAUUUCCCUUCGCAAUUUCAACAAGAACCCCCAACUUCACACUACGAAACUGUCCCCGUUUGCCACCCCUCGCACCCAAAACCCGCACAACCACACUGAUAUCCAUCUACCACCGGAACGGCUACCGCAUGUUCAAAUCAAUAAGGAACAGAACUCAGCGUCGUUGGCAGUGAACUUCCCAGCCUACAACGCGUCCAUGACUAUCGCAACGCAACGUCAUCCAAGCCGGUCGAAGGCAAGUCCGUCGACGCAACAUUCACUAAAAAAGCCAGUGACCUUUGGACAUCGACCCACGUCGGCUUCACGUCAUUUCAAUCCAGUCACGUCGGAACUCAACGCGUCGGCUGCCUUUCACAACAAACUGCCACGUAAACAGGCCCGAGGUGUGGCCAUUGGUAUGAGUGCCGACAGGUUAAAGGCGUUAUUGAACUCGCCACCCCCCCAAUCACAUUCCACGGCUGAGUCCAAUCCGUCGACAACCCCUGACAAGGCAGACCACACUCAUACAGGAAACAGCUGGAAGGCCCAAUGCAACGAGGACGAUACUCUAACCAAUCUCGCUGUGCUGGAAAAGGGGUUCAACACAAGGCAGUACACAGCUCCAAAGCUCAAGAAGGAGAGUAUCCUCAACACCCCUCCCACCGACUCCAGUGUCGGUGACAUCCUAGCCAAGUUUCGAAAGCUAGCCGUAGGGUUGAAUUGAACACAAACUAAUAUAACCCCUAGAGUGAAU